AUAUCUCUUUCGUAUGUUUCGUAGAAAGCCGCCGCGUGAAGUUGGCAUAUUUCUUUACAAGUGACCGAUAAAUUUUGAUGUUUAGACGUAAACUAGUGUGAUUUAAAUUACUUCUUGACCGUGUGAAUAUUUAAUAUAAAAGUAUAAAAAUGUCUACGACAGAAGCACAAAUAGGUGUGAAUACAAACUUACAAAAACAGGAUCUUGGUAAUUUGGAUUUAGAAAAUUUAACUCCACUAUCUCCGGAGGUGAUUUCACGCCAGGCUACAAUUAAUAUUGGUACAAUUGGACAUGUAGCCCACGGUAAAUCAACCGUAGUUAAAGCUAUUUCCGGAGUACAAACUGUUCGCUUUAAAAAUGAACUGGAGAGAAACAUUACUAUUAAGCUCGAACGCCUGAGUGAAGAAAAACUUCGAGCUUUAAUGAGAUCGCCUAAAUUGCUGCGCGAUUUUGAAGCGAAAUUAGAAGAAAAACGACGUAAUACUUUGGCAGUCGUUCAUAAACCGCCCACACUCCGAGUCCGCAAUUAUAAACAACGCAGUGUCAGCGUAGAUACUCAGCUAACUAGUACAUCAGCACGCAGCAGCAGUCUCGGUGAAACUCAACCAACUCGUGGUAGCUCAACAAGCCCUAGCAGCGGUUAUGAUAGUCAUUCGGAAUGUGGUACAUCUAUUCAUGGCGAUCAGAAGCGCAGAUCUAGUACGCCGCGUUCACGUGUCUUCUCCAGUGCAAUCAACGCAAUAACGUAUUCACCAGUGGUUAAAAAACGAAAUAAAUCCGAGUCAGACAAUAAUUUAGCGGAUUCUGAGAGUGAACAGACAUCUAUUAACAAACGGAAAAAGCUUAAACAAUUCAAAGUAAAUGGAGAGUAUAUUGUAGAGCGCAUAGAAUCGAUUGAGUCGAUCAAUGGAAAUCCAAUAUUCUUCGUCAAGUGGUUUGGCUAUCCUCCUGAAACGAAUACUUGGGAGUCCCUCAACAAUAUUUGUGAAUGUACACUGUUUGAGCCAUUCAUUGAAUCGCGUUAUACACUACACGAGUUUAUUAUUUCAAAAAUAACGACUGAAAUUGAAUUGGAAAUUGCUGAUAAUGGCCUAAUUUUUGAUAUGACCAACUUACAAAUUAAUGAUUUGGAUAAGUAUGAUCCUCUGGCACUGAAGGCCGACUUAAUAUUAUUAGCGCAAUUCCGUGCAUGCCGAUCUCGUAAUCAACGCGAACCGGAAAAGAUUCGUAAACGAAUUAUUGAUAUGAUGCUUUUGAAGCCUGUCUAUUACCGCCGUAAACAGCAACAAAAUGAGCUACAAUCAUUUCAGGAUCGCAUGAAUAAAAUAGAAAAUUCGGCACCGAUAACCGUAGAGAAUCUUGUCGAUUUGGAAGUCAUUGAUUCAGCUUUUAACUACAUUAAAGACAGUUUCGCUGGGGUAAAUGUGAAAAUCCAAGAAGAUCCACCAAUAGGUUGUAAAUGCGAAAACGAUUGUGCACCAUUGUCAUUGUGCUGUGCGCGCAUGGCGGGUAGUUAUUUUGCUUAUGAUAAGAGCGGGCGCUUACGUAUUAAACCUGGAGAAGCUAUUUAUGAAUGUAAUAAUAAGUGUGUGUGCGACGAAAAAUGUGUGAAUCGCGUUAUACAGCGUGGACGCAGUAACAACCUUUGCAUAUUUCGCACAUCCAAUGGUUGUGGUUGGGGUGUACGAACCGAGAAACCUUUGCGUAAGGGAGAAUACGUUUGCGAAUAUGUGGGGGAGAUAAUUACCAGCGAAGAGGCGAAUGAUCGUGGUCUGACAUACGACGCCAUUGGACGCACUUACCUCUUCGAUUUGGAUUACAAUACCUCAGGAGAGAGUGUGUAUACAAUCGAUGCGGCGCUCUAUGGCAAUAUAUCGCAUUUUAUAAAUCACUCAUGUAAUCCAAAUUUAGCGGUAUUUCCUUUCUGGAUUAAUAAUCUGGAUAUCAAUAUGCCACGUUUAGCGUUUUUCUCUCUUCGACCAAUAAAAGCUGGAGAGGAACUGACCUUCGAUUAUGUGCGCACCGACUAUGAAAAUUUGUCAGCAGCAGAGAAGGUGUCUUGCCGUUGUGGCGCAGAAAACUGCCGCAAAGUAUUGUUUUAAUUACCAAUAUAACAAAAUGACAAAAACUAAAUUAUAUUUCUGUGGAAAAAGUACAAGCAAGAAUAUUUCUUGCAUAUAGAAGGAAAAGCUGAAAUUCGGCUUAUAAGCUAAAUUUCUAACGGAGUUAUUUUAUAUUAUACUUUGUCUAAACUUCACAAAAAAUCAUUUAAAGAGAAAUCCCACAUUGAGGAUGUUCCGAUAAGAUUUCAUAAUGUUCUAUAUUUAAGUAUUAUAUCAUAAAAUUUAAUUCUCACUGCCUUAAAGGUUCGCUUAUUUUCCACUUAUCUAUUUUUUAAUUAUUACCCAUUUUAAGUAGUACAUGACUUAAAUUUUUAAGGGCUUUUAACUAGCGUUUUAAUAAAAUUUGCUAUACAACAGUAUUAAAAAUAUUUUUAUUUGCUGCCUUAAAGCUAAACUGUUAGUACGUGGUACAAUUCUUGUCUCGUUUUAUGAAUAUUUUAAGAAAAAAAGAGUGUGCAUGGAGGAAAAAUAAAAAAUCUUUAACUUAUUUGAUU